AUGCAAUUCACCGCCGCUUUCGCCACCCUCGCUCUUGGAGCCGUCGCCGUCCAGGCCGGUCACCAGAUCAACUUUAGCGCACCCGGCUGCGACAAUGCCAUCAUGCAAGUCCCCGGCCACGGCAACUACGGCACUGGAACUUACGACUUUGGUGAGGUUGGCGGUGUCAUCGCCUCUGCUGCCAAGGGCGUCCAAUGCUCUCAGGAUGGUGUUCCUUGCUCUUCCAUCGAGUUCGCCCUCAACGGAGGCGUCUCCUCGGCCGACAACACGCUCAUCAGCCCUCACAAGUACACUGGUGCCAUGAGCUUCACCCUCAUCGGUGCUAACCCCGGAGACAAGGGCCCCAGGUGAGUCGAGAUGGCAUGGGUAUCGUUGUCGACUCUAGACUUAACAUUCAUCUCUUUUGCGCCUCUUUACCGCAGCGCCACCUGCGACAACCCCAACUGCGGACCUGACAAUGCCUUUUACAUUGACGGCACCGACGCUCAGGUCAGUAGCCUCGCGCCGCGCGCACGCUCUUGUUCUCGCUGACACAGGCACGCUUCUCGUCACAGUCCCAGCGCCAGGUCAACGACGCCAACGCCGGCAUCAACCUCUCCAUCACCUGCUAA